AGCGCGCCUGAUUCUCGACUCUACUACGUAGUAGAAGAAAACGACCUGGUGAAACUUCAGGGACUCAUUGACGAAGGCAGAAAUUUAGAUGAGUUUUAUUUUGAUGAUCAAAACAUCAGCACAAAGUCACUUCUACACGUAGCCUGCGAAAAGGGAAGAUAUGAUUGUGUGAAACUCUUGAUUGACAACAAAGCUUCCCCGUUUGUGCGAGACAAAUGGGGACAGUCACCACUUAUGUACUCAGUUGCAUCCAGACAUGCUGAUGUAGCAGAACUGUUGUUGCAGAAGAAUUGUGACAUUAUCGAUGAUUCAGACAGUCAUGGGAAGUCAGCCUUGCACUCGGCAGCUGAGAUCGGGUAUGUUGAAGGCAUCAGGGUGUUGCUGAAGUAUGGAGCCAAUGUUAAUCGUCAGAUGAUGUGUGAGAGAGAUUUGGAAAACUGCAUAGAAACUGUUCAUAUGUUGAUCGAAGGUGGAGCUGACUUGAACAUACGAGACAGGAGAUGUAAAAGGACUGCUUUGCAGAAUGCUGCAAUAAGGCGGAACAUCAAGGUGGUGGAGAUGUUGCUUGAGGGGGAAACAUCAUUGAUAUUUUGUGUGGUGGAGAUGUUGCUUGAGGGAGCGACAUGCGGUCGCACAGCUCUCACCAACAUGAUGACCGAGUGGGUUAAAAACGUGCAGGGAGUGCCCUUCAUUCCGGAUGACGUCAUGACGAUCAUUGUAAUGAUGGUACAAGCUGGAGUCGACCUGAACCUCAACAUAUGCGAGUACUGCAAUCCCAUGUUGACUGCUGCAAAUCUGAAAGCCGAGCCACUGCUCAGACUGUUCCAAGCCAAUGGUGCUGAUGCCAAUCUUACAUCUGUGAUGGGAGUAUCCAGCCUACUGAUAUCCACCAGCAAGAACGACAUCCUGUCUUUGAAGACACUACUGGAGUGGAAUGUCCACACAGAUAUCCCCGGUCUGAUCUACAAGCGGCGUGAGGAUAAGGAGUACACAGUCGAUCCAUUUGAGCUGGCAAUAAUGGAAGGACAUUUUGAUAUUGCCAAGAUUCUUAUUUCUGCUGGAUACAAGAAAUACCACAAACCAUAUCUGUUUGAGCAGGCUCGACUGCCGAAGAUGCUUCAGCAGAAUCCAGAAAUGUUUCACUGGCUUCUAUCAAAGGCUUCUUGUCCAGAUACACUAUUUAAUUUGGUGAUAUUUUCUUGUCGGACGUUGUUGGGUAGAAAUGUUAAAUCAGCUGUGAAGAAACUGCCCAUCCCUGCCAGAAUUAGAGGAAGGAUUGCCCUGGCAGAACUGUUGGAUAUUAACGACGCCUAAUGGUUAAAGCUCUUCAUAGAUCACAACUGACUGAGGUGGAUUUAAAUUUAUUUAUCGGUAGAGAUGCAGUAACAAAGGUCAUAUACUAAACCAAGUAUCUUGACCACAUAUCUUCUGUUGUUGUAUUUUGUGUUGUUCAGAAAUAUUCUAGCUAGUCCAUUUGGUAAAAUCCCCAAAGGCACUAACUGGUACCUUCUGAGGAGACAAAGGUUGGUUGUGUUUUUUAUGAUGGAACAUCCAGUCUGUGUUUUACUUUAUGAAUGACAGCCAGCCAAUGCAGUUAGAAUGGGUAAAUGGAGAUGGGUAUCCCCAGACUGCUUUCCCAAAAAAUGUUCUCAAUCAAAAGUGUUGUGGCUGUUUAUAAUAUUGUCUUUUAAAGCUCAGUAAAGUUGACAUGGUGGUAUUUUUACGAAAGAUCCUUAAAUGGAAAGCUGUCUUUAUGUCCAAAAAAGCAAUGAAACAGAGGAUGUGUUAUGCAUUGGAGGAUAAUGUCUGUUUUUGCCUGAUGACAUGUUGCAAAUAAAGACAAUGAAGACAUGGC